CCGCAGCCUGCCGCCGCCAGGUUGUGCUUCAGACUGUCAGAUAAAGCGGCGGGCCGGGCCGGUAGGGUUGUGAGCACGGCCCGGGCCGGACAUGGCGGCGCUCUACGCCUGCACCAAGUGCCACCAGCGCUUCCCCUUCGAGGCGCUGUCUCAGGGGCAGCAGCUGUGCAAGGAAUGUCGGAUUGCACACCCUGUUGUGAAGUGUACCUACUGUAGGACUGAGUACCAGCAGGAGAGUAAAACCAAUACAAUAUGCAAGAAAUGUGCUCAGAAUGUGCAGUUGUAUGGAACGCCCAAACCUUGUCAGUAUUGCAACAUAAUUGCAGCAUUUAUUGGCAACAAAUGCCAACGCUGCACAAAUUCAGAGAAGAAGUAUGGACCACCAUAUUCUUGUGAACAGUGCAAGCAGCAGUGUGCAUUUGACAGGAAAGAUGAUAGAAAGAAGGUAGAUGGGAAAUUGCUAUGCUGGCUGUGCACACUUUCAUACAAACGGGUCCUUCAGAAGACCAAAGAGCAGAGGAAGCACCUGAGCAGUUCUUCCCGUGCCAGCCACCAGGAGAAGGAGCAGUACAGUCGACUGAGUGGUGGCAGCCAUUAUAACAGCUUUUCCCCAGACCUGGCUCUGGACUCACCAGGCACUGACCACUUUGUCAUCAUUGCCCAACUGAAGGAAGAAGUAGCCACUCUAAAGAAGAUGCUGCAUCAAAAGGAUCAAAUGAUUUUAGAGAAAGAGAAGAAGAUCACAGAGCUGAAGGCUGAUUUUCAAUACCAAGAAUCUCAGAUGAGAGCCAAAAUGAACCAGAUGGAGAAAACCCACAAAGAAGUUACAGAACAAUUGCAGGCCAAAAACCGAGAGCUCCUGAAGCAGGCAGCUGCCUUGUCCAAGAGCAAGAAGUCAGAGAAGUCAGGAGCUAUAACCUCUCCAUGAGAGACCACAAGGACGCUCCUGGCAAUAGCAAUGGAUUCCUGGGUUAGGGUGGCAACGUAGCUGUUCUCUGGGAAUUGCAAGCUUUCUUAAGAAAUCUCUAUUUUACUAUAGUUAUCCUUCUUUGUGCGAUUGCAGUGAGGCUGAGUGGAAACACCUGGUUUGUGCUAUAUUAUGACUGCAUGCUUGAAUGUUUGGGGUUUCAGGCUCUCUCUCUCUCUCUCUCCCACUCUCUCUCACUCUCCCUCACUCCCCUCUCUACCCCCAACCCUCCUCUCAGUACUACUGUCUCUCUGUCUGUCUCUAUUUUGUUACUUUUUUAUGUGUGUGUGGUGUUCACUGCUCAGUGUUAUGUGCAGAAUGGUUUGGUUUUUUUUGUUUGGUCCAUCAUGGCAUCCUGCCAUACCCAUGAGCAAAUAGUUGGCAUUAAUUACAUAUCACUGCCACCCUCUGAACUUUGAAAACUGCCACCUUAAGACUUGGUACAGUGGAAGAGAAUUUUUCUCUCCAGUAAACCUUUUGCUUCAGGGUAUACUCUUGGGUUUUUUUCCAGGUGUAUUAUGUACUUUGUACUAUGUAUAGCCAGAGUUUUAUUUAUUUUUUAAAAAAAGAAACUUUUUCUUGAUAAAGGAGUAAUGGUAGCCUAGCGUGUUCUUCUUGUAAAAGUGAUGCCUCUUAAAAAAAAGUCCUACUCUCUAGCGUUUAGUAAAAGAAUCAGAUCUUUUCUUUCUUGUUACCUUGGAGUCUUAAAAACUGAUUGCUAAGGUGAAACAAUUCAAUAUAUAAGUAUGGAGUUAAGUGCCUUUUGGAGGAUUUCUUGGAAGACCAUGUAAGAAGAUACUUAAGGAAGGUAGCAAAGAUUUGGGCAGUCUGUCUUUCUAAGUAAAGGCAGAAAGAAGGGUUGUCCAGGUUGUACUGGACACUUCUCUCCCCCACCCCUUUCUUGAUUGUUUUACGUGACUGAUUUUAAAUUCUCACACUGCCACCUCUUUUUUAAAAAAUGCCCUUUACUUAUAUCAGUUGUCAUACUGGGCCAUUUUCAGGUAACUUUUUUUUUUACAUGAUUCAAAAUGGGAUAAUACUCAGACUACAGAGCAUUUUGGAGGUUAGUAUGAGCUGCUCAAGUAUGGACUGUAAGUCCUGGGAGAAUGAUAUCACUGUACCUUUUCCCCACUCCUCCUCACCCACCCCAGCCUGUACACUCCCUGCCUUUAAUGGAAAUGUGUUGAAAACAGCUGCUUCUCAAAAGCAGCUUGGCCGCAGCCUGAACUGUGUCCUGUUUUCCCUUCUUGACCCAAUAGGCACAUGGAUUCUCUUUUCCAGGUGAGAGGAUAGAUUUGCAUUUCUAGCUGUACUCUCAGGUCCUCUAGAUGAUGUUUGUGAAAGGAACUAGAGAUGUGUAGUGUGCCAUGAAACAGUAAAACCAGCUACCUUGGAAUCAUUGAUGCAGGGGGUGGUACUAGAGUUAGAGGUAAUCAUAAGGGCAGAUGACAUUUGUACCUCAGUCUACCAAAAGUGUAGCAGUAAGUUUAACUUGCUAGGCAUUUCCUAGGAGCAAAUGCUUCUAAUCUGUGAGCAUUCUCACAAGUGGAGCCAUGCACAUAAUUGGACAGAGAUGUGGCAAUGAGUGGCUUCCUUCUGGUAAGAGGAACAAUGGACCAUGUUACUUAUCUAUCACUCUAGUAGAGGAUGUAAUUUUCCCUUCUAAGCAAGGGAAAUGGCAGUGCUAAACAGUUUUGUAACUUUUUGAAUGAGAAACUUUUAGGUAAAGAUAAACUGUCAGAUAAUAUUUUCAGCUGCAUUUACAUUGACUAUGGGGAAAAGAUUGUGAAAAAAGUUACAGUCAUUUUUUUUUUAAUUUUAAAGACUUGAGAAAUUCUGUUACGUGAAGUGACAAUGUAAAAACACAUUUAGUUUUAUACUAAAUCUUUUUUUAAGGUCUUGGCAUUUAAUAUAAAGCAAAUCCACACAUUUUCUAACUUUCCACAAGUUCCAAAAAGGGAAGGAAGAAACCUCAGUCUUGAAAUUUUGGUUUUUAAAAAUCAUGACACUGUUUUACCGUGAAAUUGAGUAGCUAACUUUUGGUAACACCUUUUGUUUAUUUGUAUGUUUGUAAUAAUGGACCUUUUAAAACACAGGAAUGUUUUGGUUUGUACAGACUUUGAAAAAUGUGUGUUAAUAAAAAUUCAUAUUGACUUAAGUAUAAUUGUUUUUUUUUUUCAUUUCUUGCUG